AUGGCGGGCCCGCUGUGCCAAGGCUGGGGCCUGGGGGUGGCCCUGCGGAGCCGCGCCGCGCUCCGGCCGCUCGGGCUGCUGGCACCGCCGGCACGGGGCGUGCUGGGGCCAGCUGAGGGAUCAGGAACGGCGGCGGGAUCGGGAACAGCAGCGGGAUCGGGACAGGCGGCGCUGGAGGAGAACCCCUUCUACGGGAAGUACCAGCACAAGAUCCAGGAGCUGCGGAGGUCCAAUCCAGAUGUGUUUGAAUCCCGCAUGGAAAAAAGAAGUGAAGUGAAAAAGCAGCCCGUGGGACAUUCCAAACAAGGAGAGUUUAUCAGAUGCAUGGAGGAAAAGGCAGAAGGCUUGGGCAGCAAGACAUCAAAGGGAGGAUUCACAAAGCAUAAGACACUUGAUUCAAUUCUUAAUGUUGAGAUGGUGAAAGAAAAAUCAGCAGAGGAGAUAACACAGAUUUGGAAUCAGUAUUUUUCUGCAAAAGACACAGUUUAUGCUGUUAUCCCUGCAGACAAGUUUGAUUUGAUGUGGAAGAGAGCCCAGGAGUGUCCAUCGUUUCUAUAUGCUUUGCCAAGAAAAGAAGGCUAUGAGUUCUUCGUGGGGCAGUGGUCUGGAACAGAAUUACACUUCACUUCCCUGAUAAAUGUUCAGACCCAGGGUGAAACUGCUCCAAGCCAGUUGGUCUUGUACCAUUAUCCUGAUCUGCAGAAGGAGAAAGGGAUAGUACUAAUGAAAGCAGAAAUGGACUCCAAGUUCUUGGUGGUCCAGGAUGCCCAGUGCUUGGCCAACCAGGUGCAGCUGUUCUACGCCACGGAUCGCUCCGAGACCUACGGAUUGGUGGAGACCUUCAACCACAGAUCCAGUGAAUUCAAAUACAUGGCAGUUAUAGCAGAGCUUGAGCAAAGUGGCCUUGGAAGAGAACUGAGACCUGGGCAGGCUUCUGACAAGUCAUAGAGCCUGGCCUGGGGUGAAAGGAGCCCGCAGAAGCAGGGGGUCCCAGGGGGAGUGGUGCAGUGUCUUCUGUUUUACAGCUUGGGUUUGGACACAGAAGAGUUGCAGACAUCCUGGGAGAGUGACAGUCACGCCUGUCUGACACUGGUGCAAGAUGAGGACUUGGGCCAUUUGAACAACAGUACCUAAUUGCUAAAAAAUGGAGCCCAGUACUUCAGUAUAACUUCAUCAGAAUGAGCCAUUUUCCAAGUCUUGUAACUUCCUGCUGCCUGCUGGAUUGUGGAAAUCUGAAAUAAAGUGACAAAAAGGGAGCUAUGUAACGGCUGUACUGACAUCAGGAAAGAGAUGACAACCAAUGUUUCUUCUCAGUAAAUGCAUUUUAAAAGCCCUCCACCAUUAUAAUUGCAUGGUUCAGUGCUUUUUAAUCUGUGUGGAAUUCAUACAGGCUUGUCCAUCAAGAAGAAAGAAUAGGAGCAGUGGUUUAAGACAGACACAUCUUUGUUUCUUUGUGAAGUUUGUUACACAGAUUCUAUUGUGGUCUAAACUUUUCUCAGGAUUAAAAAACCAGAGUCACUAGA